AUGAGUUACAAUCCCACGAGCGAUGCUAGGUUCAUCUUUUUACAGAAUCAAAUUAGGCGCAAGUUGAAAGCAAAGACAUUAAUAUUAUCGAACAAGAUCUCACCAAUACAGUUUAAUCAGGUGAACACAUUUAACGACGAUACAAUCCUGGUAGACGUAGCCCAAAAGAUAAAGGAGUUAAAUACCGUGGUUGAUGUGGAAGACUUUUACCACUUGGCUACAUCCGAUACUUGUCAAGCCAUAAUGUGCCCUGAAAACUUCGAAGCUUUUAUCUACGACACAUUUAUUCCUGCAUUAGAAGAGCAAGCAGACCCAGAUGUCAGCCUACCAAAUGACUUAAUCAUGCUUUGGUGA